AUGGUAUCAGAGCAAGAUAUGGCACAACCUGAUUCUGCUAAUCCAAAUCCAGUUGAAUCUUCAAACACAAAUAUAAAUCAACACCCAAAUCCAAUCUCGGUUGAUCCCUCACAGCCAAACAGUCCAUACUCUAUUGGAGCUAAUGAUAGCUCUGGAUCCAUACUCAUUACUCAUGUAUUGGAUUCAAACAAUUAUCAUUCCUGGGAACGUGCGAUCCAAAGAGCACUCACGAUUAAAAAUAAGCUCGGUUUUGUUGAUGGAAGCAUUUCAGAGCCUAAUGAUGCAGACAGUCCACUUAUGGAGCAUUGGUUGAGAUGUAAUGAUAUAGUAAUCACUUGGUUGCAGAAUACUAUGGCACCAUGUAUGCUGAAAUGGCACAUUAUCUAUGGAAGGAACUUGAACAGAGGUUUGAAGGUUGAGGUGAACAACCAACAAAGAGGUUGGGUUAUGAAAUUCCUAAUGGGUCUCAAUGAUACGUACAAGGGAUUAAAGGCUCAAAUUCUCCUCAUUAAGCCUUUCCCAAGCUUGAAUGAAGUAUACUCCAUAAUUUAG